AUGGGCAAGCAAUGCAGCAAGGAACUGUCGGUGCACGCCCGCUCGUCCGGCAAGGGGGGUAACGUCUGGCUGGGACCGGAGGGAUGCGAGGAGAGAGCGAGUGUCUCCUUCCGGAGCGCCUCUGGCGCCGCGGAGGCGCCCGAGGACGGCAAGGCCUCGCCGGCUGCGGGGGCCUCUUCGUCCGGCCGGGGGACCUCGCCCUCGGUUUUCAGCGCCGCACAUGGCCGGAAAUCUUCGAUCAACCGCCUCCUCAAGACGCUCACGUUGAGGCCAGGCCUCACUGCGGGCGCCGCGUCCGAGACGACCGGCCAAGGCCCGCGGCUGUCUCUGGGAACCGGCCGAGACGGCGCCUCUCCGCAAAAGGCCCUGGCGGGGGCAACUGGCCCGACCGGAGGGGACGGGGCGCUUGGCGCCCCAGGGGCCGAGAAGAGCCGUCCGGAGAGCCCGCUGGCUGCGGGCGCAGCGCCGAGUGACGCCGUGGUCGUGGCGAGGACAGAGAGCUUUCAGCAACCGCCGCACUUUCUGGAGAUGAAGGAGGUCGAGGAGUUGUCCAAGACGUUUACCUUUUACGUGGAGAUCUUUGGGAUCAAGUGCAGGAACGUCUCGCUGUCUUCCAAGGCCUUCCAGCACGUGAGCUCGCGCCUCUUUUGCACCGUGAACUGGGCAGACUCGGCGUUCUACGAGACGACGGAGGCCGUGGCAGGCGUCGCGAACCCGAAGUGGGUCUCCAAGUACCAUUUUUCCUGGAGCAUUCCGCAGUUGUCGCGGCUCCACGAACAGACUCUGGAGUUGAGUGUGUACGAGGAAGACGGCCUCCCGACAGGGGCGGCCUCGCCGCAGGCCCAGCCCCGGCGCGUCCUGCUCGGGAGCGCCUCUGUCGACCUCUUGACAGUCGCGACGGGGCCGGUCCACCACGACUUGCUUCUGUCGAAUCCGGAGAAGGGCAAGGCCGACUGCGGCCGCGUGAUGAUCGACGUGCGCAUGGCGCAAAUCUGCCCCCUGAUCAUCAACCCCAUCGAAAUCCUCGUCAACCUCCACGAACCCACUGCGGCAGGCCAGGCGAUCAUCGAGGAGGACGUCUCCGACGAGGAAGACGAAGGUCCGCACGAGGAAGCCUCGCGCGGCUCGGGGGCCGCCUCGCCGCUCGCGCCGCCCCUGCGCCCGAUCUCGGCGAAUCCCCCCCCGCAGUCGCCCGAGGGCGAGGCUGCUGAGGCCGAGCGCCCGGCUGGCCCGCGGGCGGAGUCCGCCCCCGCGGCUUCGGCGUCUUGCGCCGAAGCCGCGGGGUCACCCUCGCCGGGGCUGAAACCUGGCGCGGCCGAGGGCAAGAGCGCGUUGAUGAACAAGGAACUGUGGCAACAGCAGGAGUUGCUGCGCCUCCGCGCCGCCCAGACCCCGCGGGCGUCGACAGAGAAGCCGGAGAGUGGCGACGUGAAGCUCCAGUGGCUGCAGGACGGCGGCCUCGCAGAAGAAGAGGAGUGUUUGCGCAAGGCGAACUCGACGGGAGCUCCCCACGAGGAAGAGCCAGGGCCGCUGAUGGCGCACUGGCAGCUCUGUUUUAGGCCCACGGGCGUCAAAAACCCGGCGGAGUACUUUAGCACCUGGACCGACAAAGUCGACCGGCCGUACUGGAACACAGUCGAUCACUCGCUGCUGGGCCGAUGCAACUCGACCAUCGUUUCCGGUCCGAGCUUUGGGCGGCAGCCGAGCUCGUCGUCGGCCGCGGGCGUCUCGCUCGCGGGGUCCAUGGCGAAGAAGGCCACGGACGGCGAGUUGGUUUCGCCGGACGACGGCUCGGAUGACGCCUCAGGGUGCCCUUCGCGGCUGUCGUCUGCGGAUGUGGAGAGCGCAGUCAGCGGCUCGUCGGGCGUGUCGCAGGGGACGCAGUCUCUGGUCUCCGGUCUGUCGCGGUCUCACUGCAUGGACCGUGUGGACCAGCUCGGGACGUACCAGAAACUCGCGGCGCUCGCCCGCAAGGGGCGCCUGGUCAAGGAGGUGCUGUAUGACGAUUUUCCGACGAUCCAACUCGUGACGACGAUCGAUCAGCUGCGCCACAACCACCUGCACAUUGCGCUCUACUCGCGGUGUUUCCCGCACGACGAACCCAAGUUCGUGGGCGAGGCCUGGCUCCCCUUCUUCAAGAUCUACGACGCGGACGUCGUGGACCAGCUGGAGAAGCACUUCUUCGACUCGUUCUUCCGCGAGAAACUGUGGCUGGACGGCCGGUGCAUUGGAGACAUGGAAGGCAUCAUCGUCUUCCAAAACAACCCGAUGAUGCGGCAGAUGUACGCAGGUGUCCACACGGAGCGCGGCUUCAUGCGCAUCUCGCCCCCCAUCCUCGGCGCGGAACACCGGACAAAGUUCAACUACCCGCGCGCCAAGAGCGUCCCUCCUGAAAUCCAAAAGAUCGCCGAACUCCACAAAACGCUCCUCGACCUCCUCUUCUCCAAGGCCCAACACAGUCCCCAGGAGAUCCUCCUCAACAUGGGCGUCGGCGGGCUGCUCACCGUCGUCGGCGCUCACCGACAGAAGCCGCAGGCCGCAGGCCUCGCCCAGCAGGGCGGCGCCACCACGCCCCAGAUGGUGUUCCUCUCCGACGCGAAGCGAGAGCAAGUCUCGACGGAGUUCCAAGCAGUCUGCGAACAGCUGUUGCUGCUGCUGAGCUCCUCGGAGGCGGAGACUCGGCGCUCCUUCAUCUACCGCUCCGUGCAGGCCUUGCUGACGGCUCAGCACGUGCUCCUCAGUCUGGCGAACCACGUGCUCGAGUACAUGGACUACGUACUCUGGCAACACCGCGGGCUGUACUGCUCGAUUCUCCACCACGUCUUGCGGCGCGGCGAGCUGGACAUUGGGACGGUCUUGCCGCCGCAGGGGAUCUGCUCCUCGCUGGUCCCCGGCACGCGUCUCGACCUCGCCGAGGUGUACAUUCUGUACCGCUUCAUUCGCAGGUCUUCGAAGCUCUUCGCCCGCGCCUCGUUCGGCUCCGUCUCCUCGUGCGGGGACGACGACGGGCGGACCCUGGGCGGAGGAGGCGAUGGCAAGGGUGCGACCGCCUUCGGCCUCCCGCCCGGCCGCGACGGGAAGAGUGAGGAAGGCCGCGGCAACUUUGGGCUCAUCAAGGCCGUGCGGCUGCGGAAGCGGCGAGGCGACGGGGCGCGAGAGGACGAGAAGAAGGCUGGGGACGACCCGCGCGACUCCGUGUGCAGCGACUUCGUGCUGGCGAGCAGGGACGCGCUUGUCGACUCGAGGGAAGACGUGACGAAUCCGCGGGGCGGAGAAGGCUGCGAGCCGCCGAGCGAGGCGGGGAAACCCGGGAAGGAAGCGCAGACUGGCCCCCGAGGCCGUGAGGGAGUCUCUGCGGGGGCUGCGGCGCAGAAGGCGACGGAGAAGGGCGAGGACCGGAGCGACCGCGAGGGCGAGCCGGACCCUGAAGGCGAGGAGAGGAAGUCGAUGGAGUCGCCUGUCUUUGGUCCGGUCGGCGCGCUGCAUGGGGGCGAGGAGUACUGCGUGCCGAAUUCAGUCAAGUACGCAGAGAUCGACGAGGAAGAAGACGAAGAAGAAGACGAAGACGGCGACCUCUUUCGCCACUUCCUCACUACGGCGGGGUCACCGUCGGCUGCCGUCGACGGGGUGGAACGGAGCGACGAGGAGAAGAAGGGGAGUUCCGCGGUGGGGGCUGUGGGGACUGACGAGGUCGCGCGGCUGGAGGCUGCGCCCCAGAAAAGUGGAGGGCCUCUGGUGAAGGCGCGAAGCGCGCGGGCGCUGAGCAGCCCGCGACACCGCUCGUCAACUGUCCUGCUCUCGAGUGCGGGCGCCUCGUUGCGGGCUGCGCUGGCCGAGUUGGGCUUGAAGCCGCAGGCGUCUGGAGACCCCGCCAGCGGACCGGUGGAAGACGGGAGGCGCGAGGAGUUCGUCGACAGCCCGUCGGCGUCCGCCGUCGUCUCGAGUCCAGGAGACACGGAGAAGGCAGAGCUUGCCGCGAAGGCGGGCAGCGGCGUCGGGGUGCCGCGAGCGCUCGAGCGCGGCGUGACGGCGUCGGACCGUCUGAGGACCCUGGCGACUCUCGCGCGGUCGCUGUCUGCGGAGAAGAAGGAGCUCGUGGCCGUGCACCACAAGCACAUGAAGAUUUGUCGGCAGUACUUUCUCCUGUUACACCGCAUGCUGUUUUACGCGCUGAGCAACUUCUGCUCCGACGCGAUCUUUGAGGGGCAGAAGAAGUACAUCUCCGUCUUCCUCUCGAUCGCCUACUUCCGUCUGCCGGUCUUCCGCGAGGAGUUGCUCGACUGUCUCCUGACGGCGGAAGAGCGGGAGACGGACAUCGAGGAGUGGCGCGGCACCGAGUACCUCCUCGACGCGCAGAGCCUGAAGAAGAUGGAGAAGUGGAACCGACACUGCGAGCUACGGAUCUCUCUCGACUGGGGAGCCUUCCACGCGUACGUGAAGUCGUACUUUGGCGAGGCCGCCCUGGCCGACGCGCUGUCCCGGCUCCGCGACCAGACUGUCGGGGACGAGCCGCUCCAGUGGAAGGGUCCGUUCUCGCAGCGGGGUGCGCUCUUCUUCUCCUUCCUCGAGCAGUGGUGUCGCCACGUCUUCCAGUCCUCGCCGACGACGGAGGCGCUGACCUGGCAGCAGCUACCCGGGUACGCGAUUCUCCUCAAGGCGCUGCUGCUGGAGAUGAAACUCCGACCCGUCACCAAGUACCCAGACUCGCUCCUGAACAGCAGUGGGGCGAUGCUGGCAAACGAGAAACUGCUCUCAGUGUUCAGCAAAGUCCUCUUCCUCAAGACGUCAGUGUACAACUCGCCGGCGGUCUUUGCGGCGCUGAACUACGUCGACUACUGGAUGGAGGUGCUCAAGAUUCGCGGGCAGGAACUCCCGACCAGCUUCGACUUCAACUUCCUCAAGAAAGGUCUAGACAUCGUCGUCGCCUGCGACAUCUGCGUGAACGUCGCCAAGGCCGUCUGGUUCGUCUACAAGAACCUCCCGCUCUUCCACCGCGAACACCUGCGCUCGAUCGUUGUGGACCUCAUGCUCCACAACUACUUCCUCCACCUCUUCCUCAACUGGUCCUGGCUCGUCCGGAAAUCCUACAUGUGGUUUCUCCUCUACCGGCUCUGCGAGGGCGCCCGGAAAAUCGUCACGCGCACAAACACCGUCACUGCCGCAAACACCACCGCCGCCAACGCCCUGCUCCAGAGCCUCUCGGGCCAACCCAAGAAGGAAGACGACAAGGCCCGCGAGGCCUCGGCAGCGAAGCCAGGCGAGAAAGAGGACGAGGGGACGGAAGCGGCAGCGGCUGCAGAGGCUGCAGCGGCUGCGGGGCCCGAUCCGAGCGUCCUGAGACUCCAGGAGGAGCUCAUCACUUCGAUUCGCCUCAGUCCGGAAGAGCGGAUCGUCUUCCAGGGCUACAUGGUUCUCGCGAGCUUUCUGAAGCGCCUGAACGCGCCUCUCGUCCUCCCGGGAUUCGCCACGAAGUUGAUCGCCCACGUUCUCGAGCUCCAGCGCCAGGGGCAGAACCCUACGCACCCUUCGCUGCAGCCGGCGGCUGGCCGCGGAAAGUUCCGGUACAACCUCACGCCGGGGUGGACGCCCGAGGCCGCGCGCGGAGACAGGCCGGCGGGGUUGCUGAGCACGCCGGGCGAGGGCCCUGGCGAAGACACUGCGGGCGAGGCGACGCCGUGCGUCGCGGGCUCCGAAGGAGACACCGCGUCCGUCUCAGCGCGGGCCGUGGGCGCCGACGACGUGGAGCCCAACGAGGCGAGUGGCUGCGCCGAGGAAGGCGCGGCGCCGGCCGGGCAAGCAGGCGCGCCGGCGAGGUCCGCGGCCCGAGGCAGAAGAGGCAGCGCAGACAGGGGACCCUCGCCGGCGACUCCCGGCCGCACCGGAAGCCUUGGCGUCAACUUCUCGGCAGUCGACUUGUCCUCGACGGGGGGGAACCUGGAAGACAUCGACUUGCGGCUCUGGGCGGAAGGCCUCGUCGAGCUCCCCCCUCACCUCCAAGUCUACGCGAAAAUCGCCGUGAAGGAAUGGCAUGCAGAAGUCUCGGCGUACCGCGAAUGGGUCAUGGCAGGCGCUAGCUCGCUUCCCGCCAUGCACAUCCCGGCCGCGCCUCUCGACUCCAACACAGACGUCCCCCUCGACUCCUAA